AUGGAUAUUCAAGGAGAUGGUACCAAAAACAUGAAUGGUGUAGAAAUGGAAAAUGACUUUGAAGGUUCAAUUGCUGAUAAAAAAUGUGGGAUGAUAAUUUCUACUGAAAAUGUUGAAGAGAGCAAAGAAAUUAAUGAAUCAAAAAAAGGCAUAGAUUCAAAGUAUGAACAUGACAUUGAGUUUGAUGAAGAACAAAAUGAAGAUGAAGAAAUCAAUUUGGAAACAUGA